AUGGAAAAAGUUCAGGUGAAGUGCACUUCUGCGGACUACUUUCGAGUUCAACCGCCACUCGGUCUUAUCAAAGCGAAUGAUACGGCACGCAUUCGUGUAUGGUUCCAGAACGCCAAUGGCAUACCAACCGAUGGGAAGAAGCACUAUUUUGCUAUUUAUUACAUGAACUCACAGGAAGGGAAAGCAGUUAAAGACAUGUGGACUAAAGACGCAAAGCAUGAAGGUAUCUGCCGUAUAAAUGUCCAAUUCGAGAAGAAAGGCGAAGGCGAAGGAAAGUCACCGGAUGGUGGCAGUCGUGAGGGGAAAAAGACGAACUGA